AUGGCACGGAGAUCGGAACCACCUGUGCACUCGGCCCAAUUCCCUACCGCACACCCGAGACCGCAGGCUCAGAACGGAACGUGGGGGCCGCUUCAUCGUGAUGGGGUUGAUCCUGAGGGUCAACGUCAUUGGCCAUUACUAUCUCGGAACGAUCUGGUUCCGUACCCGCAGCGAGCUCCGCAGGUAUUUGGACAAGAUGUAAAGGAGAAAGGAAACGAGUUCUCGCCUUUAGGAAGUGAACUGCUUAGGCUCUAUAAUCAGUUGCCUCAAGACGAAAAGGAAGACUACGAGGCACGAUCCGAGUUUCUAUUGGAAGAUGGUGCUGUCGAAGGAGAACUGGUUUCUCUGGUUGAUCCUGUUCCUAUGUGCAACCACGUGCGCCAAGAUUGCGACGGCCUGGAGCUGUCGACUCGCAUCAACAGCAAGCAGGGCGCCCUGGUGCUCGUUCCGUCAUACGACUUCCAGCUCAGCUAG